ACGUCAGGCGGAGCUGUCCGCUCAGCACCGCGCGGCGGGCCGCCCCGCCAGCAUGCGCGGGGGCCGGGGCCGGGAGCGCCGGGCGUCGCGGGGUCGCCGCCGCUGCGGUGCCGGGAGCGCAGCUGGGCUGCGUGCUGGGGCACAGUUUUGCCAGCAAGCCAUGGGGCAGGAGUGGGGAUUUUGAUGCCUCUCCCGGGAGCCCCCAGAGCCAUGACUGCAACAGUGCAAACGCUGCGGUUCAAGCUGUUGCCGCAUGAGCCGGGCCAGGAGUGGGGGCACAGCUGCCAGCAGGAAAUCGAGCGUCGCUACCAGGUGGUGCCCUCUGUGGUGUGUGCCAUGUGCUGCCUCUUUGGCAUCAUCUACUGCUUCUUUGGCUACCGCUGCUUCAAGGCUGUCAUGUUCCUGACAGGGCUGAUGUUUGGUUCCAUCAUAAUCUUCAUGUUGUGCUACAAGGAGCGGGUGCUGGACACACAGCUGAGUGUGGAGGCCUCAGUGGGCAUUGGGCUGGGCAUCGGGGUCCUGUGCGGUCUGGUCACUAUGCUGGUGCGCAGCGUUGGCCUUUUCAUGGUGGGCCUGCUCCUGGGGCUGCUGCUGGCAGUGGCCACGCUGGUGGUGAUGGAGCAAUUCUACCACCCGUCAACAGUGUGGAUCCCCAUUGCGCUGCUUCUGGGUGUGGGAAUGCUCUUUGCUGUCCUCACCCUUCAGUGGCAGCGCUUCUUCACCACCCUCUCCACUGCCGUCUUUGGCAGUGCCAUCAUGACCGUCACCGUUGACUAUUUCAUCGAGCUCUUCCUCCUGGUGCAGUACAUCUACGAGCGUAUCAAGGUGGCCCCUGCUCGUCCAGUGUGCUGGUACAGCUGGGUUAUCCUGGGCAUCUGGCCACUCCUCACGGCGCUGGGUGUCCUGGUUCAGUGGAAGGUCACAGCCGAGGGCUACUCCCACACUGAAGUGAUCAUCAGCCGGCAGCAGCGCCGCGUGCAGCUGAUGCGCAUCAAGCAGCGGGAGGACCGAAAGGAGAAGAAGAAAAAGCGGAGGCCCCACCACCCGCCAGCCCACCAGCACAAAGCCCACCCACCUGAGCCUGCCUACCGCCGCAAACCCAACCCUGUGCGCCGCUUCGAUGGGGACGUGCUCUCCCCUAGCUACAUCCAGAGUUUCCGAGAGCGGCAGACGGGGCCAUCCCUGAACAGCCUCAUCACCAGCUCCCACGCUGUGGUGGACCUGGACUAUGACUGCAGCUCCACUGUGCCCCUCACCACGGGCUCCGGCCCUGCCGUGCGGGUGUAAGCCAACCCAGUGACCUCGAGUGACACCAGCACCCCAGCCUGCUCCGACAGACCCUUGGGACAGGUGGGGCUGUGCCCUUGGCCCCGGGUGGCCACGUGUGCCUCAGGGCUGUGGAUGGAGACCCUUCCCAGGGACACAUGGACUUGACUGGGUGAGCCCCAGCUGCCCAUGGGGACCAGAGGUGUUGGAAGAGCCCUCCAGCAGUGACUCAGCUCAAGCACUGAGGACACCAGCACCCAUGGGCAUGUGGUGCGAGCGGCUCUGCUGGGGCGGGGGAUCCCUGAGCCCCUGCUGCUGCGUGUUUCCCCAUGGCCUGGGCACACUCAUCCUGCAUCCCAAUAUCUCCCUCCCCAUGUUUCAGCCCCCCUUUCCCAAGAUCAGCUCCUUACACCUGCCCCUGCCCCAUUGCACCCCCCCCAGCAACUCCCCAAGUGCCUGUGUCCCACAUCCUUUCCUCAAAGAGUAGGUCCCACAGCCCUUCUCCCCCCAGGAACUCCCCUGAGCAUGUGUGCCCUGUCCCACCCUGGCCCUGAGAGCAGCUUCCAGGUAGCACUUCCCAAAACCUGCCUCCUCAGGAGGUUCCUCUGCUCUAGAUGCUCUCCCUGCCCCUACAACCAGCUUGCCUCUCCCCCCUUCUCCCAAGCAGGACCAGGGUGGUCCUGGGGCAGAGGCUGACAGGGCCAGGUGGUUCUUGUGAGGGUGCUACCCUGGGCUGAUGCUCACGUACCCCCUCAAGUUGUUUUGAUGGGAGACAGGACGCUGGCUCCAGCCUUUGAGCAGAGGCUGGGCUGCCUCAGGGACAUAGGGACCCCCAUGGCAUCAGAGGCCGUCGCUGUUUUGCUGGCGACUGGAUUUUAUAGCAGCCAGUGGGGACCCUGGGGUUGGGCCAAGCCUCUGGAUGGGGCAAGCCAGGGCAGCAGCCCCUGCCCAGAGCACUGCUGCAGGCAGAGGCUCCUGCCUUGUAUAUAUUUCUCUUGCUGUGAUUUGUAUUAAUUUAUUCUGGAGUGAGCCAGGACUUCCCCAUGGCCAGGCAGGCAGGAUAGCAGCAAAACUGGAAUGGGGUACCCCGCUGCUUUGGGAGUCCCCCCCUCAGCCCAGCCCUGCUGCCCUGGGAACUGCAUGUUUCUGCCAGGCGACCCCCUCUCUGCAGCGCCGCGCCGCCGUCCCACUUUUCAGUCUCUUUUGUAAAUGUGCCAAACACUGCUGAGGCCAUGGCCACACAGUAAAGAGCCUUUCAGAACUUGGCAUGCAGGGCUGGGGGGAAGGGGUGAGGGGAUGCUCCUUCUAAGAGACCCUCGGCUUGCUCAGGUGGAAGAAGCCAUGUCAGAAAAGAAAAAAAAAAGCUGUUUAAUGCAGGGCCCUGAGGCCAGAACAGGCUGGGGAUGGUGUCUAUGUGUCCGUGCAUCCUGGGGAAAGCAUGGUCCCAUCUCCCAGCAGCAGCAUCCAUCCAUCGGUGUGCAGGCCCUGAGCACCUCAUUCUGGCUUCUAGCUCCCUG